CUUCCCGCGGGGAAGUAGAGAACAACCUUUUCUCUUUUAUAUCUUUUUCUUUAAUCAACUACCUCAUCCCAGGGUAGGAGUCUGCACUUCCCAUGUUAUUGUCCUCGCCCUGUGGAGCCCGGAGAACGAACCCACAGCGCAGUUCGGAGCGCGGCCGGGCCCCCGCACGCCCGCGGCGCCGCAGCGCCCCCGCCGCGCUCUGAUUGGGCGCCGAAGCCCGGCGGCGCGGCCUCGGCAGGCUGAGGGGCGGCGGGCGCUGGCGGCUCUAGGGCGGUUCGAGCGCCAGGGGAGCUCCGGGAAAACAAUGAAUCUGUUUCUGGAGCUUCUCCUGUUCCUGGUCACGCUGCUCUACUCCUACCUGGAGGCUUUUGUGAAGCUCUUCGUGCCUGUGAGGAAGAAGUCUCUCAGCGGGGAGCUGGUGCUCAUCACGGGCGCUGGCCAUGGCGUCGGGAGAGCGACCGCCUUGGAGUUCGCCAAGCGCCAGAGCAGACUGGUUCUGUGGGACAUCAAUAAGCACGGCAUUGAGGAGACGGCAGCAGAAUGCCAGAAGCUGGGAGCCACCGUUCAAACCUUCGUGGUGGACUGCAGCAAACGGGAGGAGAUCUACAGCGCUGCAGACAAGGUGAAGAAGGAUAUUGGGGAUGUGACUAUCCUGGUGAACAACGUUGGUGUGAUUACAGCUGCCGACUUUCUGUCAACUCAGGACCACCAAAUAGAAAGGAUGUUUGAAGUCAACAUUCUGGGUCACAUGUGGACCACGAGAGCUUUCCUGCCAGUCAUGAUGGACAACAACUAUGGGCACAUUGUCACGGUGGCUUCAGCAGCAGGUCAUUUUGUGACUCCUUUCAUGGUGACAUAUUGCUCUUAUGUGUUUGCUCUCCUGUGUAGACUUGGAAAGAUUUUGGAGAUUGAAGAAGUCGUAGAGGCUUUGAUGGAAGGAAUAGUGACCAACCAGAAAAUGAUUUUCGUUCCACCACAGCUAAACAUUGCUUUGCUUUCUGAAAUGGUGUUUCCAGAACGUGCCCUGAACCUUCUGAAGAAGAUGACCAUUCCAAAGUUUGAUGCAGUCAUUGGGCAGAGAAGCCCCCAGUGAAAAGCAAGAAUUGAUUCUCAUUUCCCAGAGGCACCAGUGAAAAGAGAACAUGUGCUGAGCAUAGUUCAGCUGGCUUGAUUCAGAACAGAGCUCAGGCAGGUGCUUCCAGGCCACCAUUCCCAGGCACACCUAAGGGCUCAUCCCACACCUCCAGCUGGAACACACCUGCAUAACAGGGAGUGUUAGCAAAGCAGUGAUGCAGCUCCAGAAGGGCUGCUUUUAAUGUACAUCCCAUCACUUUUGUCUCAUUGUGCUGAGGCAGGCAGGAUGCUCACAAAACCCGUGUUUGCCCACAGCUCCCCAGUUGACUGUAAAUGGAUUGCCUGACAACAUGUUCAUCUGGACUCAUCCCUGAGCAAAAGCAUCUUGCAAGAAGCAAUUUAUAGAGGAGGUGGGUGGCCUGUUUCAUCUCUCUUAAUAAUUUUAAGUUUACAAAAAUGUGCUCUAAUGAACACUUAUGGUUUCGUGUGCGAUUGUAAUGAGCAUAAUUGAAUUAAUUAUUUGU